CUAACCUUCAGUUUGCCUUCUCCUCACUCUCCCUACACUCUGAGGAAAACUAGAAAGUAGAAACCCUAAUCGCCAUUCCCGUUGCUGCUUCUUUUUUGUUCUUUGCUCUUCCGUUUUGUUCAUCAAUGGCCACUCUUCCCUACGAUAGAGAACGCUGGAUGGUCCGAACCUUCGGCGGCGGAAAAAGAAGUCAGCUUUGCGGCCAAUACCCUGUUUUUCCUCCCCUGAAACGCCCAAAAACAGGGCUUCCGUCGAUCAACGGCGGCCACAGGUUUAAUGGGUUUCCGAUUGACUACAACCCCAGUUCAAUCAACAUACCGCGAUACUCCCCACAAAUCUCUCAUGCGACUGUUGAUACGAUUUCGGCGUUAUUGGCGAUCAAUUCAUGUCAGAACCCUUUUCCGGCGAUGGCAAUCGAUCCCGGUUUCCAGCACGAACGCCAGGCGAAUGUCGUGGGUCCUGUUCCUCCCGGGGCUACGACUUUGGUUAUGCCGACAGUUCAAGGACCCCAAGCACCGAUGUUAGGUCUUGUUAAUCCUACUCCUCUGCCUUCCCCUGUUCAAGAAAUCGUAAAAACCCAACCUUCAAAUUCACAAGUUAAAUCCGAUUCAUUGCCGCUGCCGCCGCCUCCUCUUCCUUUAUCCGGCACCGCCAUUGUAGAUCUGCUUAAUUCUCUGGCUAAACGAGGACUGAUUAAACCAACAGAAGAAAUCCAAACCCAACCAGAACCAGAACCAGAACCAGAACCAGAGCCAGCUUCAAUAGGACUCGAAUUCGACCCAGCCUUGCUGAAGAAGCGCCAUGAAUCGGUAAUAAACGCCCUGUACUCCGAUAUGCCAAGACAAUGUUCGACAUGUGGGCUCCGGUUCAAGACCUCGGGAGAACACAGCAGACACAUGGACUGGCAUGUGCGAAAGAAUCGAGCGAAGAAGAACAGAAGUGCGAAACCACUUAGGCUUUCUCGUCCGUGGUUCCCGAGUUCCGACGAAGAACCAUCCCCUGCAAUUCCUGAAUCCUGGCUUUAUCCUGAGGAAAAUUUGAAUGAGAAGAAAACUGAUGAACUACUUAUUGUUCAUGCGAAUUAUGAUCAGAAAUUGUGUGCGUUAUGUAAUGAAGCUUUUGAAGAUUUUUACUGUGAUUCGACUGAAGAUUGGAUGUACAAAGGAGCUGUUUACAUGAAGGCUCGCAAUGGAGAGUUGGGACCUAUAGUCCAUGCCAAGUGCCUGCCGGAGCCACCAGUUUGACAGCGUUUCCCGCCAAGGAUUGUAAGGACUUUGGGUUUUUUUUUUUUUACCGAAGAAAUUGUUAGAAGUUAAAAAUUAAGUUAGUAUUUUGCUUUUAACGAGGUUUGACCACUUAUUAAAGGUGUAACAGUCCU